GCCGGAGAGUCUGAUGAGGAGCCAGACAGAAACCAGCAGAACCAGUACGGAGGAGAACCCAGCAGAACCAGUACGGAGGAGAACCCAGCAGAACCAGUACGGAGGAGGAACCAGCAGAACCAGUUCAGAGGAGAACCCAGCAGAACCAGUACAGAGGAGAACCCAGCAGAACCAGUUCAGAGGAGAACCCAGCAGAACCAGUACAGAGGAGGAACCAGCAGAACCAGGUGAACGUAUGGAGCUGGGAACAUCUGGAGGAACAUGAGACCUCAGUAAACGUGAACCUAAAAGACGUGAGGACGGACUCAGGGAUGUCUUGGUCCUAACGGCUUAUCCGGCUAAACCUGGAUUAUUCUGUGACUCGGAUUAAAGAAGACAAAAGGUUCCCCCCUUCCCGUCCCCCCUUCCCCGGCUCCAUCAUGCCCAUCCUCAAGAACCUCCCAGUGCGCCUGAAAGGUGGUGGUCCGACUUUAGACAACGCCCUAUUCAUCCGCAGGAUGAGCCUCAACAUCACGCCCCACCACAAUCCCUUUGAAAAUGACGAUGAUGGUAUCCAUGGUAAUGGCAGCCAUGGCCACCACUGGUCACCUGGCAACUCUCUGCUGGACGGUGCCGUGCCCAGGGACCGCAACCCGUUUGAGGACGAGGAGGAUGAGAACGAGGCCAAUGAGGGGAAGAAGGGAAGCGGAGGAGGCUCAGGAAAGGGUUCCUUCACCUUCAAGUCGCCGCUGAAGAGUCUCGACAAGCUGAGGAAGAACCUGAGAAUGUCGGGGAGGAGCAAAGACAGUGGCACGCCAUCUCCUCAGGGCUCCAUGCAAGGGACACCUUCACCGUCACAGAAGAAGAGGAGAGGGAGGAGGAGCUCAGAGGGAAGUCUGCUCAGGUUUGCAGGGAAAUAUCGAGACUCCCUCAGCUCCCGCAAGGAUUCACUCACCAACGGCGAGCUGAACGGUUCAGAGAACGACGGUGACUCCGUCAGCCUCCGCCUGUCCCUCAAGAAAAUGAUGAACCUGGGGAAGCUGAAGAGGGAGUCCAUGGCUGACCGCUCAUCGCAGAGCCCCGAGGACCAGCCAGUGCAGGAGGAGGUGGUGGAGGAGGUAAAACCCAGAGAGCCUCUGUCAGUCCUGGAGAUCCUGCAGCUGGUGAAGAAGCGCGACCUGUUCCUGGCCGACACCCACAUCCUGGAGCUGGAGCAGGAAUGCAACGAGUCCGCUGAGCCGGAAGAUGCCACCAGCCCCGGAGUCAAAGAUGGUGGGCGGAGGAAGGCCAAGGAUGUGGAGCUGCUGUAUGAGGAGCUGCAGAAGGAGCUGUGGGCCGUGGUCCGGGAGUCGCUGCGGUCCCCGACGGCGGGGCCCAACCUGGGCCUGGUGGUUCAGGUGCUGCAGCAGGAGGAGCAGGCUGACAAAGACUGGGCCCUCAGAGACGGAGCGGUCCUCGGGGGCCCGAGGCCUCGCCGCCUUAAGCAGAGGUGGAGGGAGGCGGUGGAGGAGACGGCCAACAGCUCCUUGCCUCAGAAAGAGGAGUUCACAGAUGGAGAGCUGGGAAAAUACCUGGACCGGUUCCGGGCCCGAGUAGUGGAGGACCUGGGGGCCGCCAACAGGAACUUGAUCUCCAUUUACCCAGAAGAGUACCAGCCCUUCCAGGUGUAUGUGGAGAGUUACCACCAGGCCGUCUCCAGCCGCCUGAAGACCAUCACGGAGCAGCAGCUGGAGACCUCGGACAUCUACUCCCUGCUGGACUGGCUGCACAACAUCUACAACAGAGACGUUCUGGGGACGGUGUGCAUCACGAGUCCAUUCAGCCGGUCUCAGCUGGGUCCUCUGCUGCCUCCAGAGACGGUGGACAGACUGGAGCUGGACUGUCUCAACUCUGUCCGGGCUACAGUCACCACGGAGCUGAGUCAGGUCCUGGAGGAGGAGGAGAAGAGAUGGAUGGAGACUCUGCACGUUGAAGAGUACCACAUCGCUUUGGCUGAAACAGUCAUCCAGAGGCUGCAGAUUGAUCUGGAUCGUUCUGCCUCCGUCAACCGGAGUUUGGGCUCCCGAGUGGCCCAGUGCAGUCUCAACGGCCUCACCGACUUCCUGUUCAGCUUCCAGCGUAAAGUUGAGAUGUUUCAUGAAGGAAUGCAGUGCGGGAUGUUCGGAGACAAUGAGGACGGAUACGUCUCCAAAACCAUCGCUCUGGUCAACUGCUGCCCUCCGUUCAGAGGGUUCGUGCAGCGCUGUGCUCAGUGCGACCCGUCAGUCAGCGAGGACUCUCUACGCCGAGCCAACCGGUCCCUGGAUCACAUCGUUCAGCAGGGUGUCAGGGUCCUGUCUGAACGGCUCUACCUGCACAUCAGGCCGUUCUUCGAGCGUUUGGUGAAGAGGAAGUGGCUGAGCAACACGGAGCCAUACGAGCAGAUCGAGGCGCUCAUCAAGGAGGACUUCAGGAAGUAUGAGAGGAUGGAGAAGCCUCCGUAUCAGCUGCUGGUGGCCGAGGUCCACCGGCGGGUGGUGAUGGAGUACCUCCGCUCCGUCAUGAGAGGCCGAAUCAUCUGCACCUCCAUGAAGAUGAGGAAGAGGAUGGCUGGCCGGCUCAGAGAUGAAGGCAAACGGAUCAAAGUCCUCUUCAAAGACCUGGAUUCUCCGUCCAGCUGGUUGGACGGUGCUCUGUCCCACGUCUCCGAGAUCAUCCAGCUGGAGGACGUCCCAUCCAUCCAGAUGGAGGUGGCAGUUCUGGUCAGGGAGUUUCCAGAUGUCAGGAAGAAGCACGUGUCGGCCAUCUUGAACAUCCGGGGAAUGACCCGGCAGACGGAGCGUCAGGAGAUUCUGAACAUCGUGAAAGACAUCGAGAGCAGCGACGGUGGUCCGAGCCCGCUGUCCCGGGACCGGGCCCUGUUCGCCGAGGUCCCAGUUACUUCCGAGGUCCACUGCCUGAACGUGGGUCUGAGCAGGAUCGCCCUCACCGCCUCGUCCUGCUUCACCACGCUGCGACCUCGCAGACGUAAAACCCGACCGCCCGUUCAGGAGAACCCUGACGAUGUUCUGUGACCGGAGUCCGGGUCCAGAUCCAGUCUGAGAACCAGAACGUUCCCUCUUUUCAUCAAUAAUUUUACUUCUGUUGUUUGAGCUCACUGACAAGUUUCAUGGAAGAAACCAGAACCAGGACCGUCUGGUCCUAAAGCCCAACCUGCUAAAUGAUGGAGGACUAACAUGGAUCCGGUUUUUCAGACAUUCUGUGGCUGGUUUUACUUUCGAAGACUAAUGUUUUCUACGGAUCUCUAAACAUUAAAUGGAGGAAGCCCAAUGAUGAAGACGAGGAGGAGGAGGAGGUCUGAGGACUCGAUGGACAGAUGAGAAGGUGACAUUUGACCCGAUUCCUGUUAAAAUCACAAUGUUGGAUGACAGAAAAGACAUGAGACCUCCAGCAGGUCUGAGACGUGAACCAGAACCAGAUCCAUUCCUCCUGAUCCAGAUCAGUCCCUGCAGAACUUCUGGACUCAGAACCGAAAGGCACUUUAUCCGGGAUGAUGGCGAGGACAGACCUGCUGGUCUGAGGCUCGUGUGACCUGCGCAGGUGGACGAACUCGGUGGGACUCGGCUGCUGAGAGGAAGAAAGAGAAGAAAAGCUGAAUUUUAAUCCAAGGUACUACAGCGAGGUGAUCGAUGCUUCGGUGGGAUGCGGUUUCUCGUGAGAAAAACCCCAGAAUUUCUGCUGAUUCAGGUUUAGCUGCCGAGAAAUAAAAGAGGAGGUCUCACUCUGUAGAAUGUUUAAAGGACAUUUCACAUUUUAAUGAUUUUGUUUAGCAUUUCAGCGUUUUUAGAUGUAACAUGAAAUUUAACCCAGUUUAAUGUCUGUUUAAUGCUCCUCACUUAAAUAUAAACUAAAUUAAAAGGUAAUUCCUGCUGUUUUCUAGUUCAGAUUAGGAGCUUUCAUUUUUGUCUCGUGGAUUCGGACGUUGGAAAUUUGGUGUCCAGAGAUCAAAUUUAACUGGAAAUAAAACAGAAUGAAUCACA